CUGGCUGUGUCACCCAGGCUGGAGUGCAAUGGCUUCAUCUAGGCUCACUGCAACCUCCACCUUCUGGGUUCAAUCAAUUCUCCUGUCUCAGCCUCCUGAGUAGCUGGGAUUACAGGUGCCCGCCACCAAACCCACAAUUUUGUAUUUUUAGUAGAGACAAGGUUUCACCAUGUUGGCCAGGCUGAUCUCAAGUGAUCUGCCUGCCUCAGUCUCCCUAAGUGCUGGGAUUACAGGAGGCAAAGGCUGCAGUGAGCUGAGAUCGUGCCAUUGCACUUCAGUCUGAGUGACAGUGUAAAAUUUUCGAGAAAGCUCUAUAGUGUUUUCCAUAGUGGCUGCACCACGGUAGAUACUUUUAAAGUUUCUGCCAUACCCCUGGGGAAAGAAUUAUUGAACUGUAGACAACAUCUAAGGAAACGAACUGUAUGGCCUAAACAGUCCAUUUUCAUGCUUUAUUAAAAAUGAUUAAAAUAAUUAAGAAUAUGAAAUUCCUAGAAUUGGGAGAGAUAUUAUAAACCAUUUGGUCUACCCCUUUGCUUCAUGAUGAGUAAACCGAGGACAAGUGGUUUGUGGAGAUCAAAUGGCCAGGUAAGUAAGGGAAGAACCAGAACUGGCAUCCAGAGCUUUCCAAUCUUCAACUUAUUGCAAGGAAAAUGAUUUUCACCUCUAAAAACUAUGCAGCCAAGAACAAGAACUAUGGAACGGAUGAUUCACCUCAUCCUCUGGGGUGCAUUUUCUGUAUGUUUUGUUUUGAGGGCUGGCUCCCAAAUUGCCUUGGUUGAUAUUGAAACCCAGCCUGUUUUUCUUGAUCCCGCUGCUGACUGGGUCUUGAGCAUCCUAGGAGAUAGAGGGAGAGACAAAGGAAAUCAGUCCACAAUUAAGAUCCACGGAGAAUGGAAUGAGACCCCAUGAGCGUCGGAGGCAGCCGCCAGAGUGCUGCGCGGAUUCAGCGCCCUUCCCAGGACCUCAAAGAUCCCAGCGCGCAAGGAGGGUGGUUUGUGGCUCCCUGCAGUCCCCACACCCCGGAUCCAAAUGACAGGUUCGGGGACUCACAGGGGCAGCAAGGCGGCAGAUCCGCGGAGCCCGUGCAACUUCCCUGGCGGGACCGCGCCCAAUCUUCCCCGCCGCAGUCAGGGAGCCCGGGGGCCGCCGAGCGCAGGCUGCGGACAGCAGCGGGCACGUGGGUUCGGCUGCAGCACUGCGCCAGGCACCGGCUUCUCGGCUCGGCCCAACCUCUCCGCUCCCGUCUGGGCCCCUGCCGCUGGGGAGAGGGCUCCUCCCCCCUUCCACUUUGCACCAGUCCGAGGGAAUUUGCGGUCGGUGACGCGCAUCCUUAAGAGAGCCACCUGCAGCGCGGGGUGCGCCGCUCCAGGCGGCAUCGCAGGGCUGGGCCGACGCGGCCUGGGGACCCCGGGCUCCGGAGGCCAUGCCAGCGUUGGCGCGCGGCGGCGGCCGGCUGCCUCUGCUCGGUGCGGUGGCAUGUGCCUGUAGUCGCAGCUACUCAGGAGGCUGAGUUGGGAGGAUUGCUUGAGCCCAGGAGUUCUGGGCUGUACUGUGCUAUGCUGAUCGGGCGUCCACAUUGUUUUCUCUGCAAUGAUAUUUGGGACUAUUACAAAUCAAGAUCUGCCUGUGAUCAAGUGUGUUUUAAUCAAUCAUAAGAACAAUGAUUCAUCAGUGGGGAAGUCAUCAUCAUAUCCCAUGGUGAUGGAAUCCCCAGAAGACCUCGGGUGUGCGUUGAGACCGCAGAGCGCAGGGACAGUGUAUGAGGCUGCCGCAGUGGAAGUGGAGGCGUCUGCCUCCAUCACACUGCAAGUGCUGGUCAACACCCCUGGGAACAUUUCCUGUCUCUGGGUCUUUAAGCACAGCUCCCUGCAUUGCCAACCACAUUUUGAUUUACAAAACAGAGGAGUUGUUUCCAUGGUCAUUUUGAAAAUGACAGAAACCCAAGCUGGAGAAUACCUACUUUUUAUUCAGAGUGAAGCUACCAAUUACACAAUAUUGUUUACAGUGAGUAUAAGAAAUACUCUGCUUUACACAUUAAGAAGACCUUACUUUAGAAAAAUGGAGAACCAGGACGCCCUGGUCUGCAUAUCUGAGAGCGUUCCAGAGCCGACCGUGGAAUGGGUGCUUUGCGACUCACAGGGGGAAAGCUGUAAAGAAGAAAGUCCAGCUGUUGUUAAAAAAGAGGAAAAAGUGCUUCAUGAAUUAUUUGGGACGGACAUAAGGUGCUGUGCCAGAAAUGAACUGGGCAGGGAAUGCACCAGGCUGUUCACAAUAGAUCUAAAUCGAAGUCCUCAGACCACAUUGCCACAGUUAUUUCUUAAAGUGGGGGAACCCUUAUGGAUAAGGUGCAAAGCUGUUCAUGUGAAUUAUGAAUUCGGGCUCACCUGGGAAUUAGAAGACAAAGCACUCCAGGAGGGCAGCUACUUUGAGAUGAGUACCUAUUCAACAAACAGAACUAUGAUACGGAUUCUGUUUGCUUUUGUAUCAUCGGUGGGAAGAAACGACACUGGAUACUACACUUGUUCCUCUUCAAAACAUCCCAGUCAAUCAGCUUUGGUUACCAUCGUAGAAAAGGGAUUUAUAAAUGCUACCAAUUCAAGUGAAGAUUAUGACAUUGACCAAUAUGAAGAGUUUUGUUUUUCCGUCAGGUUUAAAGCCUACCCACAAAUCAGAUGUACAUGGACUUUCUCUCGAAAAUCAUUUCCUUGUGAGCAAAAGGGUCUCAAUGAUGGAUACAGCAUAUCCAAGUUUUGCAACCAUAAGCACCAGCCAGGAGAAUAUAUAUUCCAUGCAGAAAAUGAUGAUGCCCAAUUUACCAAAAUGUUUACGCUGAAUGUAAGAAGAAAACCUCAAGUGCUCGCGGAAGCGUCAGAAAGUCAGGCGUCCUGUUCCUCGGAUGGAUACCCAUUACCAUCUUGGACCUGGAAGAAAUGUUCAGACAAGUCUCCCAACUGCACAGAAGAGAUCACAGAAGGAGUAUGGAAUAGAAGGGCUAACAGGAAAGUGUUUGGACAGUGGGUGUCAAGCAGUACUCUCAACGUGAGUGAAGCCCUAAGAGGGUUCCUGGUCAAGUGCUGUGCAUACAAUUCCCUUGGCACGUCUUGUGAGACGAUCCUUUUAAACUCCCCAGGCCCCUUCCCUUUCAUCCAAGACAACAUCUCAUUCUACGCAACAAUUGGGUUUUGUCUCCUCUUCAUUGUCGUUUUAACCAUGCUAAUUUGUCACAAGUACAAAAAGCAAUUUAGGUAUGAAAGCCAGAUGCAGAUGGUACAGGUGACCGGCUCCUCAGAUAAUGAAUACUGCUAUGUUGAUUUCAGAGAAUAUGAAUAUGAUCUCAAAUGGGAGUUUCCAAGAGAAAAUUUAGAGUUUGGGCAGGUACUAGGAUCAGGUGCUUUUGGAAAGGUGAUGAACGCAACAGCUUAUGGAAUUAGCAAAACAGGAGUCUCGAUCCAGGUUGCCGUCAAAAUGCUAAAAGAAAAAGCAGACAGCUCUGAAAGAGAGGCACUCAUGUCAGAACUCAAGAUGAUGACCCAGCUGGGAAGCCACGAGAAUAUUGUGAAUCUGCUGGGAGCAUGCACGCUGUCAGGACCAAUUUACUUGAUUUUUGAAUAUUGUUGCUAUGGUGAUCUUCUCAACUAUCUAAGAAGUAAAAGAGAAAAAUUUCACAGGACUUGGACAGAGAUUUUCAAGGAACACAAUUUCAGUUUUUACCCUUCUUUCCAAUCACAUCCAAAUUCCAGUAUGCCUGGUUCAAGAGAAGUUCAGAUACACCAGGACUCGGAUCCGAUCUCAGGGCUUCAUGGGAAUUCAUUGCACUCUGAAGAUGAAAUUGAAUAUGAAAACCAAAAACGGCUGGAAGAAGAGGAGGAUUUGAAUGUGCUCACAUUUGAAGAUCUUCUUUGCUUUGCAUAUCAAGUUGCCAAAGGAAUGGAAUUUCUGGAAUUUAAGUCGUGUAUUCACAGAGACCUGGCCGCCAGGAACGUGCUUGUCACCCACGGGAAAGUGGUGAAGAUAUGUGACUUUGGAUUGGCUCGAGACAUCAUGAAUGAUUCCAACUAUGUUGUCAGGGGCAAUGCCCGUCUGCCUGUAAAAUGGAUGGCCCCUGAAAGCCUAUUUGAAGGGAUCUAUACCAUUAAGAGUGAUGUCUGGUCAUAUGGAAUAUUACUCUGGGAAAUCUUCUCACUUGGUGUGAAUCCUUACCCUGGCAUUCCGGUUGAUGCUAACUUCUACAGACUGAUUCGAAAUGGAUUUAAGAUGGAUCAGCCAUUUUAUGCUACGGAGGAAAUAUACUUUAUAAUGCAAUCCUGCUGGGCUUUUGACGCAAGGAAACGGCCAUCCUUCCCGAAUUUGACUUCAUUUUUAGGAUGUCAGCUGGCAGAUGCAGAAGAAGCGAUGUAUCAGAACAUGGAUGGCCGUGUUUCGGAACGUCCUCACACCUACCAAAACAGGCGACCUUUCAGUAGAGAGAUGAAUUCGGGGCCGCUCUCUCCACAGGCUCAGGUGGAAGAUUCAUAGAGGAACAAUUUAUUCUUAAGGACUUCACCCCUCCACCUGUCCCUAACACGCUGUAGAUUACCAAAACAAGAUGAAUUUCAUUACUAAAAGAAAAUCUAUUAUCAACUGCUGCUUCACUGGACUUUUCUCUAGGAGUUGUCUGCAUUUACUCUUGUUUUCAAAGGGACUUUUGUAAAAUCAAAUCGCCCUGUCACAAGGCAGGAGGAGCUGAUAAUGAACUUUACUGGAGCAUCGACCUGCAUCCAAGGCCUUCUCGGGCCGGCUUGAGUGAAUUGGGUCCCUGAAGUAUAGUGUAUUCUUGUAAAUACAUAAAACAAAAGCAUUUUUGCUAAAGAGAAGCUAAUAUCAUUUUUUUAAAUCUAUGUUUUAAAAUAAUAUGUAACUUUUUCAGCUAUUUAGUGAUAUAUUUUAUGGAUGGGAAUAAAAUUUCUACUAUAGAAUUGGC